AUGGGCAGUGGCUAUGCUCAUGGUUCCGGAUCAGGCUAUGCAUGGCGCAAACUGACCGCUGCUGCUUCAACACCGGCACCGAAAUUCCAGACACCACCCCCAAGGUGGCGAGGGAUGACCAUAGAGGCGGCUCAGUGGACGCUCACGCAGCAUGAGCUUCAAACGAUCGUCUCAAGAGCCAUCAAGCAAUCCGCGGAAGCCUCGUCUAUACGUCUUCUCAGGACAGAGACAUUGGAUGUGGACAUUCCCGAGGAAGUACAUCGCCUCGAGAUGCAUCGCACCGACGUUAAAACCAGGUACAAGAUGCUCGUGCGCAAGCGGUGGCAGCUUAUGGGCACCCUCGCUGGACAUCUGGAUGGUCCAGACCUCUCACUGACGAACUCCAUACUACUGUUCGAGCAGUUAGGUCAACUGAAGAGUUUGCGCGAUGUACACUCUGCCAGUGCCCUUGCCAUGGCUUUGAGGAAGGUCAACUCGACUUUCCUUAAACAGGUCGCCGAAUCUCAGAAACUUCGAGAACAAAUCGACUCAAUGGAGGCUGAAAGAGAUGAAGCGUGGAAACAAGCAGAGGAUGUCGCCCAGGAUUUUGAUAAUCUUUCGGAUCAGGUUCGGGAGAGCCGCGGAGAGCGAGUUGAAGGUACGGCAGCGCUCAGGCUGUCAAGUAGACGAUCUGCACGCGUUUCGGCCGUUCGGAAGUCGAGUAUACGUCAGUCUAAAGCGGGCUUGCGCUCUAUCAGUAAAAGCCGAAGUCAGCGUUCUUCUGUCAGUAGCUUGGGUACGCGCACAAGCCUGAUGAUGUCGAUGUCGAUGUCCGCCACCUCGGACGACAUUCCUCCGGUUCCACCGCUGCCUCUGCACACACCGCUUGGCAUUGUUACGUCGAACCUGUCUGGCCGUAGCUCUCUAGGCAAUGCUCGAGCCUUGGCGCAAGCUCAGAGAGAGCUAUACGACAUGCUAGGUCUGACUCUUCAAGAGACUCCUAGCCACGACAAGUUAUGUUGGCGCAGCUUGGCAUGA